GUCAGUGGUCGGAGGAAGAGAUUAUAGAGAACUUCCUAUUUAAUGUGGAUCCAAGUCUCGGCAAGGAAGUUAAGGAAGCCCGACCGAAGGAUGGGAAAUAGACUACGUAUAAGAUGAACUUCAUUGAUCUUUACAAAUUAGAAGAUAACAAGUACUCCAUCAAGGACCUUGAGACUAUGACUCAAGAUGAGAACGAGAGCGUUCGGGCAUUUGGAAAGCGAUUCCAGAAGAUCUCUAACGUGCGGAUGAAGAAGGGGAAGAUCUCAGAAGUCGAGCGCUGUACAAACUUCAUUGGACACCUGUCCAAAGGUAGACAAAAGAGCAUACUUAGAGAUCUCCCGCGCGAUAAGCUUGACUUCGCUAAAGUGCUAAAGCUCGCGAUAAAGGCAGAGGCAGACGACUACAAGGACUUGGUAUGGAGGGGAAUGAGGAGAAGUGACUUCUCUCUCUGUAAGGAGUAUGCCACUGAUAGGUGUCCUGAUUUCAAGGACUACCCCUGGUCGGAGAAGAAUGAAGCCAUGACCGAAGAAGUGAAGGAGAUAAGGGACAUGGUAAAGGGAUUGACAAGGCAGGUUACAGAGAUUGUGACCAGCACAAGAGCCACGACUUACCGGGACAAACCCGGGGUCCCCUAUUCACUUCGCUGGGACCGUAGGAACACCGAUUCCUGGAGGAGUGUCGAGGAUAAAAAUCCUCGAACACUGACUGAUUAUCGUGCGAGGGAAAGGGAGAGAGACGAUGAGCCAUGGCGACGUAGGGAUGAUGAGAUAGACCGAGACCGCAGGGCUCGCGAGACAUAUGGGCCAGCUAGGAGACUGGAUGAUUACUCGCGUAGCCCUCAUUAUGAGGCUGAUGGGGUUAGAGGCGGCUCUCGAGGCCGGUGGGAAUAUGAGAGAGGAGAUCGAGACGGAGACCGACGAGCUGGCUCACGCGGACGGUAUGACCGCAGGGGAAUCGCGAGAGAACAGCACGACGAUUCGCGGGGGUGGUACGACCGAGGAGAUCGACGCGAUGAGUCACGUGGGCGAUACGAUCAUGGAGACCGCCGGAAUGACUCACGGGGACGAUAUGAGCAAGGCGGAUCAGGAGGAGACCGCCGCAAGGAUUCCCGCGGCCGGAAUGAGAGAGGGGGAUAUGGCGCGUCAUCUGAUCCGUAUCCAAAAUCCCCUGACCCCAGAGCAGUGAGGGGUUCGACCUCUAGGAGCGCAGACGACAGGCCACCCACUCCCAGGAACUCUUGCGUGUACUGUAGAGGAGAUGAUCAUAUCAAGAGAGACUGCCCGGAUCUCAAGCGGGCAAUAGAUGAGGGACUUGUCGUGCUUGAUGACCGCAAGGACGUCAAGUGGGCAGAUGAUCUGGGAGACAUAUCAAUGUUCCCUUCGAUGAAGGAGAAUGUAGAAACAAGGAGAGUAAAAGCGAGUAAGGGAAAGGAGCCGGUUAGGAGCUGGAGUAUCAACAUAACUUUCGAAGGAGAUAUGGCAACCACACCCAUAAGAGUGGCUGCUACCAAGUCGGCGAGGGGGUCUACAUCGAGGAAGACCGAUACGGAUUACGUGAUGACAGAGAAGAACGGACAGCGGAUCGAUGGAGAGGAGGUUAUUCUUUCACCGCGAAAAGCGGGAAGUGAAGAAUGCUCUAUUCUGGAAUAUCUGGCAGCAUCCAAGCCGGCACGCGACGAGUUACAGAUGAUCACGCGCAAGACUCACAUACCUCUAUCGGAGGAGGUUCAGGUGGCCCCUAAGGCGGAUGCUCCUACUGUAGCAGUAUCAGAGGUGACAGCUAGAGCAGAUCGCAUGGCGACAGUUCUUAUUGAUGGGAUGAAAGGUGUGCCUCAAGACAAGUUUUACAUACUUGGAAGUGGGACCGUGGAGGCGAUCCUAAACGACGGAGCGGUUCUAUAUACUGUGAUCGAUAACGACAGUGAGGCUGUCAUUAUAGACGAGGAUGUGGCAGAAGCAGCUCUCGCUGUGGAUGCGGGGCCCAGUGAUCGGAUUAAGACAUUACCUAUCUCCGACCGCGCGGUGCGGUUUCGCGAGAAGAAGUAUGGACCUCUGCUCAUAGAAGGAGAAGGCCGGAUUGUAGAAGUUGAAGAUUUAGGGAGUCGACUGAUAGUGGACGGCAACUCGUAUCCAAACGAGGCAGAUGAGGAGUUUGGCGGCGUGGUAUCUGAGCGGGAACGUGUGAUAGAAAUCUUAAAGACAUGCGAUAAGCCUAUAGCUUUCAGCGACGCAGAGCGCGGUAGGGUUGACCCUCGUUACGCCAAACCAGCAAGGAUUUACACGAUUCCACACGUUCCAUGGAAUGACGCAGGAUGGAAAUACCCCCAGAAGGAGAAGGAAGAGGUUAUCGCUUUCCUAAAAGAAAAGAUGGCUUCUCAUGUUGCAGAGCCAUCUGACAGCGCUUAUGUUAAUCGAUGGUUCUUCCUACGAAAACCGAAUGGCAAGAUCCGGUGGAUCCAAGACCUUCAGAAGGUCAACGUGGUGGCGAUUCGAGACGUAGGCUCUGUGCCUCACGCUGACUUACUGGCUGAAGGCGCCGCGGGCAGGUCGAUUUAUUCGGUCUGUGAUCUGUUCUCAAGCUAUGAUGAGGUACCGCUUGAUUCCUGGGAUAGGCACCUCACGGCUAUGCACACGCCGUUGAGACUGAUACAGAUGAUGGUUGUCCCUAUGGGUUGGACUAAUGGGGUAGCCGUUUUUCAGAGAGCCAUGGUAGCCGUCCUCAAGGGCUUUAUUCCUGACAAGGUUGAAGUUUUUCUGGAUGACUUCCUAUAAAAGGACCAAUGAAGAAAGAUGAGACAG